AUGAGGCCGAUGGUGGUAGCAGCGGUGGUGGUGGUGGUGCUCUUACUGGCGGCAAUGCCAUUGCAGACACGAGCUGUCGAUGUUCAUCAGCUAAGGAUAAUGGCAGCCAAGAACAAUAUAACCUGUAUGUUGGUGUUUGGUGAUUCCAGUGUUGAUCCUGGAAAUAAUAACCAUCUUGCAACUUCAACUAAAGCCAAUUUUCCACCAUAUGGGAAAGACUUCUUCAAUGGCCUCCCCACCGGAAGGUUUAGCAAUGGAAGACUAGCCACAGACUUCAUUGCUGAUGCAUUUUGGUAUACAAAAAUAGUUAAAGGUUUUCUUGACCCACAAACAAGGACAUCAGAUGUCGUGCAUGGUGUUAGUUUUGCAUCUGCUGGUUCUGGUUACGACGACCUCACUGCCAAUCUCUCAGUAAGUUUUUUAUCUAUUUGGUCGUUGCAGAAUGUGUUGCCUGUUUCCAAGCAAUUAGAGUAUCUCAGACAUUACAAGAUUCACUUGAGACAAAUGGUGGGAGAGAAAAAGACUGAGGAUAUCAUCAGAUCUGCAAUAUUUGUAGUAAGUAUGGGCACAAAUGACUUCCUCCAAAACUACUAUGCAGAACCUAUUCGCUCCAAGCAAUUCAGUGUUCAACAAUACCAGGAUUACUUGAUCUCUUGCAUGUCUCGUGAUGUUAAGGAAAUGCAUUCUCUAGGAGCCAGGAGAUUAGUGAUGGUGGGGGUUCCCCCUUUAGGGUGCUUGCCUCUCAUCAAAACGCUAAGGGAUGAAACUAGAUGUGAUGCUGCAUUAAACAGAGUUGCCUUCUCAUUCGGUAUUAAGUUAAAAGAAAGGUUGGCAAUCCUGAAGGAAUCAUUAGGGUUAAGAACAACCUAUGUUGAUAUAUAUAGCAGCAUACAAAGAUCAAUACUGAACCCCAAAAGAUACGGUUUCACAGAGACUUCAAAGGGGUGUUGUGGGUCAGGAAUGUUUGAGUAUGGUGGUACAUGCAGAGGCUUGAACACAUGUGCUGAUCCCACAAAAUAUGUGUUCUGGGAUGCUGUUCAUCCCACAGAAAAGAUGUACAAGAUCAUUGCUGAUGAGGCUUUGAAAUCUAUAGGGGCCAGUUUGUUCAACUGAUCCGGAUGAUUUGUUUUGGCUGUUGCUGUUGUUUCUGAGGAUAUUGAUAAACUUGAUAUAUUAGUCUGUUUGUGUGAAAGAUGUGCAUGAUUUGGAGGGGUGUAUGAAUGUGUAUUUACCCCCACCUCAAGGUUAGGAGAGUGUUAAUCCAGUUAUGUCAUGUCGUAUUUGUUAAAGUAAUCUAGUACAUUAGUAGUAGGGGUAGAUUAGUUAUUUAUGUUAAUACAUUUUGCCCUAGUAUAUAAGAUUGUUAUUGUGUAAUAUAGAAGUAAGUUUUGUCUUCAUAAGAAUCUCUUUAUCUAUCUAUUUCUUCUUUCUUUUUCUUUAUUAAAUAUUAACAUGGUAUCAGA